AUGUUCCCCCACGCUCGUUUUGCUGCUCUCGCUCUCGCUUCUGUUGCUCUCGUGAAGGCACAGGACCCAGUUGCUCCCCCCGCUGCCAUUGCAACAUUCCCCACCACCCCGUUGGCCGAGAAGCAUUUUCCGUAUCCUUCUGGCAUCCCCUAUCAAGCGGACACAGAAAACCUCAUUCGUGGCAGACAGACUGGUUACAACCAGUGCAACUCUACGACUGAAAACCAGGACUCCCUCUGCCAGACGGCUUUUGUGAACGCCGUCGAUGACUUCUGCCUGUGGGCUGGAAACAAGCCCGACUCUGUAGUUGGUGAUACUGAGGGCGAGUCAGUCGCGUGGUGCACGAAGCCAGGCCAUGGCACGCGCCUCAUCCCCGAGGGUGCUAUCAAGGGCGUGCAGUUCAUCCGCACCCCCGACUACCUCCAAGUCGUCGGCUUCAUUGACCAAACACGAAUCAACAUCAAGGCCGGUGACUGGGGAGGAGAGCUCGACCCCCACGGUGCUGACUUGCGUGGCAACCCUCUUGGAGGGCUGAUGUACUCCAACGGUUGGUCCAACGGCAACAGCGAUAGCUAUGUCCAGGUUAUCGAAUGGCACAAUUUCAUGGGUGGUGACCAGUUCUGCAUGAAAGUCUGCGACCCGUCCAAGCCCAACGCCGCGCGAUACUGCGAGCACAUUCUUGACCGUAUCGGGUGCGCCUUCAAUGCCCCACACGACGCGCAGCCCAAUGUCUUCGAGUACUGCCAAGGUGACAACCAGGACUUCCCUGGUAUCUACGUCGAGAAUGGCGUCACGAUGACAUACACGCAGCCCCCCGAGUCGCUCGGCCCCAUCACCACCAUGCCUUACACCGCCAGAGUUCCCGCUAAGAGCCAGUGCGUUACAUACGAGAGCGCGAACCUCUUCGCCGCUAUUGCGACCGUCUCCCUCCCCGCCCCUUCUGGCACAUGGGCACCAACCGGCAGUGCGUCCGGUUCAGCAGCUGCUGCCACUGGGACUGGCUCCGCAGCGAAAGGUGCUUCGAACGCCAGCCGCAGCGGAACCGGCACUGGUACCACCGCCAACGCAGAAUCAACGUCCAACGAUGCAAGCGUAGUAGCAAUUUCAAGCUUCGUCUCGAUAAUGGGCGUCGUUUUCUCCGCACUCUUCCUCUCAUGA